CCAGAGGUCAUUGCGCGCUGGCGCUGAGGUGGCUUUACGGAAGGGGAAGGAAGGGGGGCUGCUGUACAUAAACAAAUUAGCACAUUGGUGAUGAAAAGGAGUUGAAAAUGUUACGGAUCGGCGCUUUACUAGCUCUUUUCGUCUGUCUCUGUACAGCGGAGAGCUGCACGGGUCCCGUCAUCACGCCAUCCUCCUACACAACUACAGACGCUGUCAUUUCCUCAGAAUCUGUGUUUAUCGUGGAGCUCAGUUUGUCCUGCGCCAAUGGAGCUCAGAGUGUGGCUCUGUAUGCUGAUGUCAAUGGGAAACAGUUUCCUGUAACCCGUGGACAGGAUGUUGGGAAGUACCAGGUCUCUUGGAGUCUCCCUCACAAACAAGCCAUCUCAGGAACGUAUCAGGUCAAAUUCUUUGACGAGGAGUCAUACAGUGCACUGCGCAAGGCUCAGAGGAACAAUGAGGAUGUAGAGUCCAUCAAACCCUUGUUCUCAGUAAAUGUGGAUCACCAGGGAGCAUGGAGUGGUCCAUGGGUCUCCACAGAGGUUUUGGCUGCUGCUGUUGGUAUCCUGGUGUACUACCUGGCCUUCAGUGCAAAAAGCAGCAUCCAGGCAUAAGACGCAUACCACCUACAUACCUGCUGCACUGACCCUAGUGACUGAGGGAGGCGUACCGUAAAAAAUGACUAGAUUUGUGUGUGCGUUUAAUGACUGUCCGCUGGCCUUUGACUUAGACAUCAACCGUGUUUCCCGUUGACUAGUUACACUGACUGAUAUCUGGUAAGACACCGCAGUAGACUUCUGUUCCAGAUGAGAUACAUUUUCGAUGCGCUUAUCACUGCAUUUGACGUAUGGAUCAGUUGUGUACACAGUGAUGCAUCUCAAGGAGUUGUGUAUAUAACCCAGUGGGACAGAUACAUGAGGACAUCAAAAUUGUGCACAUACUCUCUGACUUCUGUACUCAACUGAUGAACUAGGAAGUGUGUUUAAAAGGGGGAGUGUAUGACUUAAGAUACAGUGGCUUGUCUGUUGAAUAAAUUA